AUGUCUGAUAUCCAACAAUGUCGACAGAUCAUCGCUCAACUCGAGCGGGACUACAACCAGGAGCACAAAACCACAUUCAUCGACAUCGUCCCGGACAAAAUCAUCGAGAUCUCAACAAUGGCACUGUGGGCCCAGUCUAUAUCAGGCGCGAAAAAGAUGGACCUGGGCCUGCCGGCUCCGAAAGCCUGGCUGAGAAAACUCGCUGCAAGAGGUCCUGCUGAACAGGCUGAGACGUACAAGGGUGUUAUGUUUGCGUUUAUCAAGCUAAUCUUGAUUGUCUGCCGAGGCGUGUGA